GUCGUGCCGGAAGCGCGCGUGUUAGCCGUGUUUGUGUUGCGUGCGCCGUGUACAGACCAAAGCUGCAGGUGGGCAAGCAGCAGCAGCACCGUUACAGAUCUGCAACCGUUACGGCGUCCUUCCGGAAAGGGGGCGCGCGCUGUUGCAUCCUAGUUCCGCGUGUUGCAACCGGUGGUCGUGGCUGCUAGUACGGCGCGCGCCAUCGAUCGGCGACUCUUUCCCGCGGCACAGGGUCAGGUCGGUAGGGGUCCAAAAAUAGUUUGUUAGCGAAACGUAAAUGCUCCCGGACCAACGGUUGCCCCGGCGACCUGUGGUGCUGGACCGAAUGCCUGAAGGCCGUGCUCGCUGUGGAGCAGUGUGGCCAAACGACAUUUUCGUACGCCCGUUGUUCGGGAGAAAAGCGGGCAAUUUUUCUAUCGAGCUGCAGGGGUCCACUUUUUUUUAGUCGAAACGCUUACUCCGAGAGCUCCGGCAUCGCAGGGGCAGUGCGCAUUCAGUUGCUCGCUGUCGCGUCGAAGAUGAUGGGCAAGUGCAUUCAAAGUGGGCCAAGAUUGAAGUUUGAUAACGUGCCAGCGGUGAUUGGUGUUUGUGUGUGUGCUUGUGGUGCUGUGUGUUAGGCGGAGGAGUUUUCCUAUGCAAUGUUCGCUGUGGCAUCGGUGCAUCGGUGCGGUUCGUCGUCUAAAAUAAGCAUCUUUGUGUUCUAUUAGUAAAAUGUGUGUGUGUGUGUGUGUGCUUGAUGCAAGUGUGCGAUUGUGUCUCAAUGUGAUAAAGGAAGCUUGAGCGUGUUUAUGAAAAGUGUUUGGGGGAGUGUUCGAAUCUUCUACCUUGACGUGAGCCUCGAAUUUCGCACACGGUGGAACUCUGAGUGUCUGUGAUAAAACCUUUUUUAUUUCUACAUUCAUGUGUAAAUGUGUGUGUGUGUGUUUGUGUGUGAGCGACCAUUUCUACAUCCGCUUAUAAAAAGCUUGUGCGCCACUGUGUCCCUUUUUUGUAGCAAAUAUACACGUACUAACGCUCGUCUUUGAGGUGGGAGAACAAGUGGUGUUAAGGGAACGUCUUCUAUUCUCCUGUUGAAUGUCUAGAUUAUCGAGUAAUUGAACGCGUGUGCUGCGCUACCUUUGCUACGAGUAAAUAGAGCGGGAGGAAAACCUUCCUGCCCCUACGCCCCAUAAAUCAACUCGUCGUACGUGACACGAACUAUAAAUAAAGUGUGUGUGUGUGUCUGUGUGUGUGCCCAAAAACGUAACGCCAAUCAAGGAACGGGUUUUCUUAUGAGCUUCUCCCUCCAACAACGCCAACAGAAAUUGAAUGUUGCUACUACUGCUGCUGCUGCCGCCGCCCGUUUGAUGACGGUUGAACCACAAGCUCGUGUCGAGAAAGAAGUUACAAAAAAAAAAACUCUAAAAGAAAGCAAAAGGGUCCCUUUUUCGAUUGACAAAUUGCAAAACCUAGAUCGUGUAUCCGUUCAAGGGAUAAAAAAGAGAGAGAAAGGAAAGUGAGCUCACGGGACUUACGGGAACCGUUUGAUAAUUUGCAUUUUUUGGACAUUGGAGGUGGAAGAAUUUUUCGGCAAAACUCUACUCCACGGGGCUUUGGCUUUCACUGGUCCGAGUUUGUGUGUGCGUGUGUGAGAGAGAGAGAGUUUUUUCUUCAUCCGGUGAUUGCCAGUGAAGCGUGCACGAUCGGAUCGAAGGCGGAUUAUUCGAACAUUAUGGAUGCAAACCGGGCCGGGUGGAAAAUAUUAUCAGUGCCGUGAUUUAUCCCGGGUCGUGCGUGCCGGUCCCGUGCGGGAAAUUCUUCGAUCUAGAAAGGGGGAACAAGUUUUGGCACAACCCCAAUCCCGCCCUCUUGCGGGUCUUGCGGGUGCCAUAAUUGGAAAGGGCCCGGCUGGCUCCAUGUGGAAAGGCGUUCCUGAUGGAAAGUGGCAAACGUGGAAGUGAUCGAUAGACGAAAGAAAAGUGUAAAAUCGAAAAAGCCUAGAAUCUGGUCAAACCCCGUCAGUGAGUGGAUAGGAUCGUAAGCACCACACGCCAAACACUUCAGAAAGAGUCCAGGUGCAAAGGAGCAAUCACGAACGCUACCCUGUUUCACCCCCCUCUCUAGUAAAUCCAGCGUGAAAGGUGAGAAGAAGCGAACCGUGUCUUAGAAAGGAAAAAAGCGAAGAGUGAAAGGAUUCGCAAAUUUAACCUUUUUGCACCUGCAAAGCGGCGUUCAUUUUUAGCACACAUUCGCACGUGGACACGUGAGCAAACGUAUCUUCGCAAACGGCGGGCCCGCUCCUCGGGGCUGGAAGGAAGUUGGCCCCGGCGCAGAUGGAUUACCGGGCUGCCGGUGUACCGACGCACCGACCCGGACAUGGAUUGUUGCUAGCGGACUGAAAUUAUGUUCGACUACCAGGGGAUCAGUUGACACUGUUUGAGCAACUUACGAAGCACGCACGGCACUAGGUAAAGAUGAUUGGAAGCGUCGGAGGUCGACACAUGUCGACGCGCCGCCGGGGCUCGUCCCCGAUGGUGCGCUUAGGGAACAACCUCAACCUGCAGCUCGAGCCACCCGAUGGGCCGAACACCCCGCGUGUCUCGCCGAGACGACGGCGAGCCGUUACGACCAGUGACCACAAAAGCUGUGCAUUAAUUCAAACAAGACUGAAACUAGGAGACAUCAUGUUGGCUGCAGCUCAAGAAGCGGCGCUCGCAGGUCAGACCUCGAACGGGACUCAGUUCGGACGCAAAGGAGGCCACUAUUUAGCUGAUAGAAUGGGUGGCCCCAGCAGUCAAGGGGGUCAGCCUCUGGCUGGAGGCGGACCCACCUCGCUCUUUAUUUUAUCAGAGGACAACAUCAUUAGGAAAUACACACGGUUCAUCAUUGAAUGGCCUCCGUUCGAGUACGCUGUGCUGCUGACAAUCAUUGCCAAUUGCGUGGUAUUGGCUCUGGAGGAGCACUUACCUCAUGGAGACAAGACGAUACUUGCUCAGAAGCUGGAAAAAACGGAAGCAUAUUUUUUGGGCAUCUUCUGCGUCGAAGCAUCACUGAAGAUCCUCGCCUUAGGGUUUGUUAUGCACAAACACUCCUACCUCAGGAACAUAUGGAACAUAAUGGAUUUUUUCGUCGUAGUUACGGGAUUCAUCACAUUGUUCCCCCAAAAGGGACCGGAAGUAGAUCUGAGAACACUAAGGGCGAUCCGUGUGUUAAGGCCCUUAAAAUUAGUUUCUGGAAUUCCUAGUUUACAAGUAGUCUUAAAAUCAAUCAUCAAAGCCAUGGCGCCCUUGCUGCAGAUAGGAUUGUUGGUCUUGUUUGCAAUUGUUAUCUUUGCAAUCAUAGGCUUAGAGUUUUACUCCGGUGCGCUACACAGGAGCUGUUAUAGCUUAGAGGAUAUCUCUCAAAUCGUGAAGGAGGGCGAAUUCCCGACGCCUUGCAAUGCAGAUAACGACACGAUAGCACCGACCGGUGCGUACGUCUGCAACAGCAGCGACAGCACGUGCAUCGAGCAGUGGGAAGGGCCCAACUUCGGCAUUACCAGCUUCGAUAACAUUGGGUUCGCCAUGCUGACCGUCUUUCAGUGCAUCACGAUGGAGGGCUGGACGGCAAUCCUGUACUGGACGAACGAUGCGCUCGGGUCAACGUUUAAUUGGAUCUACUUCGUGCCGCUCAUCGUGCUGGGAUCCUUUUUCAUGCUUAAUCUAGUUCUCGGUGUGCUCAGCGGAGAGUUUGCGAAGGAGAGGGAAAAGGUAGAAAACCGCCAAGAGUUUCUGAAGCUACGUAGGCAACAGCAGCUAGAAAAAGAGCUAAACGGCUACGUCGAGUGGAUUUGUAAAGCGGAGGAAGUGAUCCUGGCCGAGGAGCGCACUACCGAGGAGGAACGGUUGCACAUUAUGGAAGCUCGCCGGCGUGCAGCGGCCAAGCGGAAAAAGCUGAAAAAUCUCGGCAAAUCCAAAUCCACCGACACCGAGGAGGACGACCCGGACGAAGAUUGUGGUGAUGACGUCUUUGUUCCGAAGCGCAAGAAAGGUAAAGGUUACCUAAAAGCCAAAGUGAAAACGCAAGGAAAGUGUAAAGGCUUCUGGCGAGCGGAGAAGCGUUUCCGGUUCUGGAUAAGACACACGGUCAAGACGCAAUGGUUCUACUGGUUCGUCAUAGUGCUGGUGUUCUUCAACACCGUCUGCGUUGCGGUUGAACACUACGGACAACCGAACUGGCUGACACAGUUUUUGUACUACGCGGAGUACGUGUUUCUCGGGCUGUUCAUGAUGGAGAUGUGGAUCAAGAUGUACGCCCUGGGGCCUCGGAUCUACUUUGAGUCAUCGUUCAACCGGUUCGAUUGUGUCGUUAUUAGCGGUUCCAUUUUUGAGGUCGUCUGGUCCGAGGUGAAGGGCGGAUCGUUCGGGUUGUCCGUGCUGCGUGCGUUGCGCUUGCUGAGGAUAUUUAAGGUCACAAAGUACUGGUCCUCGCUGCGCAAUCUCGUCAUCUCGCUGCUCAACUCGAUGCGCUCCAUCAUUUCGCUGCUGUUCUUGCUCUUCCUGUUCAUACUGAUCUUCGCCCUGCUCGGCAUGCAGCUGUUCGGCGGUCAGUUCAAUCUGCCCGACGGCACCCCGCCGACCAACUUCAACACGUUCCCGAUCGCACUGCUGACCGUGUUCCAGAUCCUGACCGGCGAGGAUUGGAACGAGGUGAUGUACCAGGGCAUCGAGUCGCAGGGAGGCCACAAGAAGGGCAUGAUCUACUCGCUGUACUUCAUCAUUCUGGUGCUGUUCGGUAACUACACGCUGCUGAACGUGUUCUUGGCUAUCGCGGUCGACAAUUUGGCCAACGCACAGGAGCUCACCGCCGCCGAGGAGGAGCAGCUCGAGGAGAACAAGGAGAAGCAGCAGAUGGAGCUGGACAAGGAGAUGGAGGCGCUGCACAUGCAGAACGAUGGUUCGCCGCCCCGCGUCGAAGUGUCCAGCCCGUCGCCGACGCGAGGCAACGGGAGCGGUGGCAGCACAAAGAGCAAGAAGAAGGACGAAGAGAAGGAGGAGGACGACGACGAGAUACCGGACGGGCCGAAGCCGAUGCUGCCGUACUCGUCGAUGUUUGUGCUGUCACCAACGAAUCCGAUACGCUGUGGCGCACAUUGGGUGGUGAACCUGCGGUACUUUGACUUCUUCAUCAUGGUCGUCAUCUCGCUGUCCUCGAUCGCGCUCGCCGCCGAGGACCCGGUCGAGGAGGAUUCGCCGCGGAAUAAAAUUCUUAACUUUUUCGAUUACGCCUUCACCGGCGUGUUCACGAUCGAGAUGCUGCUGAAGAUCGUAGAUCUCGGCGUGAUACUGCACCCGGGCAGCUAUCUGCGCGAGUUCUGGAACGUCAUGGACGCGGUGGUCGUGAUCUGUGCGGCCGUCAGCUUCGGCUUCGACAUGACCGGCAGCAGUGCCGGCCAGAACCUUUCCACAAUCAAAUCGCUCCGGGUGCUACGCGUGCUGCGCCCGCUGAAAACAAUCAAACGGGUGCCGAAGCUGAAGGCGGUGUUCGAUUGUGUCGUCAACUCGCUCAAGAACGUGAUCAACAUCCUGAUCGUGUACAUACUGUUCCAGUUCAUCUUCGCCGUCAUUGCGGUGCAGCUGUUCAACGGGAAGUUUUUCUACUGCACCGACGACAGCAAGCACACGAGCGAGGAGUGCAAGGGACACUUUUUCGUGUACGACGGUGCCGAUCAACUGCCACGAAGGGAGCCGAGAGAGUGGAAGACGCAAAGUUUCCACUAUGACAACGUGGCGACCGCCAUGCUAACACUUUUCGCCGUGCAAACCGGCGAAGGCUGGCCUCAAGUGCUCCAAAACUCGAUGGCCGCUACCUACGAAGACAAGGGUCCAAUCCAAAACUUUCGCAUAGAGAUGUCCAUAUUCUACAUAGUGUACUUCAUCGUGUUUCCAUUCUUCUUUGUUAACAUAUUCGUGGCCUUGAUUAUCAUUACAUUCCAAGAGCAAGGUGAAGCGGAACUGCAGGACGGUGAGAUAGAUAAAAAUCAGAAAUCGUGCAUUGACUUUACGAUAGGUGCUAGGCCUCUGGAGCGUUACAUGCCAAACAAGCGGAAUAGUUUUAAGUACAAGGUGUGGCGCAUCGUCGUCUCGACACCGUUCGAGUACUUCAUAAUGAUGCUGAUCGUGUUCAACACGUUACUGCUGAUGAUGAAGUAUCACAAUCAAGGAAAAGAGUUUGAGAAAUCGUUAAAAUAUCUCAACAUGGGAUUUACCGGGAUGUUUAGUGUUGAAACUAUACUGAAAAUAAUAGGAUUUGGCGUAAAGAAUUUUUUCAAGGACCCUUGGAACAUAUUCGAUUUUAUAACAGUAAUUGGAAGUAUUAUCGACGCUUUAGUUCUAGAAUUAGGGGAAAAUUCCUUCAACGUUGGAUUCCUAAGACUGUUUCGUGCUGCACGAUUAAUCAAACUACUGCGACAAGGUUAUACAAUACGUAUAUUACUUUGGACAUUUGUUCAAUCAUUCAAAGCACUGCCAUAUGUCUGUUUGCUGAUUGCCAUGCUAUUUUUUAUCUACGCAAUUAUUGGCAUGCAGGUAUUUGGGAAUAUUGAGCUAGAUCCUGAAUCAUCUAUCACUAGACACAACAACUUCCGCUCAUUUGUCCAAGGGCUGAUGCUACUGUUCAGAUGUGCUACGGGCGAGUCGUGGCCGAACAUUAUGCUGGCAUGUCUCAAAGGGAGACCGUGUGACCCGAGAGCUAACAAGCCGAACGAAACGUGCGGCUCAACACUGGCCUACGCAUAUUUCGUGUCGUUUAUCUUUUUCUGUUCGUUUCUUAUGUUGAAUCUGUUCGUUGCCGUCAUUAUGGACAACUUUGACUAUCUAACGCGUGAUUCCAGUAUUCUUGGCGCACAUCAUCUGGACGAGUUCGUUCGGAUAUGGGCGGAAUAUGAUCCUAAUGCUACGGGUAAAAUUCACUACACUGAAAUGUAUGAUAUGUUGAAAAACAUGGACCCUCCCUUGGGAUUUGGUAACAAAUGUCCCAACCGACUCGCCUACAAAAAGCUCAUCCGCAUGAACAUGCCGCUCGAUGCAGAGGGAAAGGUCGCCUUCACGACGACACUGUUUGCGUUGAUACGCGAAAACCUCAACAUCAAAAUGCGAACUGCGGAGGAGAUGGAUCAAGCCGACGCGGAACUGCGGCACACUAUUAGCCACAUCUGGCCCCUGCAGGCGAAGAAGAUGCUCGAUCUGCUCGUCCCCCUAAACGAGGAGCUGAACGCGGGCAAGCUUACCGUCGGGAAGAUCUAUGCCGGUUUGCUGAUUUUAGAGUCCUGGCGCAACACCAAGUUCGGCCAGGUCGAAUCAGAUCUGCCGGGAAUUGAAGCAAGCAUUAAUAGCCCAACGGCCCGACAGCCGAAACCGUCCCUGUUCAGCACGAUCCUCGAUAUGGCCGUAAUGGAAAAGACGGGCGGUUCGCGCACCGGCUCGCUGAGCCUAGAGAACGGCGAGGGGGUCAGCUCGCAGACCCACCUGCUCUACGGCCACGGUGCCAACGGGAACGGUACGGCCGGCGAUGGCGGUGGUGGCGGUGCUGGCGGUGCCGGUGCUGGCGGCGGUGCUGGUGUCGGCGGGCUUGGUGCCGGCCUGGGCAGCGGUCACGACAGCACACUGGACCUGCAUGGCAGUAGUUUGGCCAGUCUGGCACGCCGCACCACGAUGCGCAAGCGGUCCUUCAGGAACAGAAAGGAGCUGCAGGAUGUUUCGAGACAACCGUCCCUCGAGUCGCUGACUCCAGCAGAUGGGCAUCUGCAUCCGGGACACGCUUACCACAACGGGCAUCGUCGAUCACCGAGCUUGAGGCGGGAGUCUCCGCUGGUGCGCACGCCGAGCCCGCGGAAGCGACAUCAACAGCACGAGAUCGGUUUCUCCGACACCGUGUCGAACGUGGUGGAAAUACAAAAGGAGGAACACAGACGUGGUUCCUGGUCGGCCUCAACCAGCCCCGCCCGUUCGCCGUCGCCCAGUCGUUUCGGUGUACAUAGUAGUGCCCAGCAUCGCAGUAGUAAAGACCGUUCCAAAAACCACCUUGUCCAUCAACCGUACGAUACGACGAUCCUCUGCGAACGGUCGCGUUCGCCCAGCCCGGCCCAGCUGCUGCAAGAGCUGCGCGACCGGGACCAAGCCCGCCGGAAGUACCGCAACGGAAUGGGUUCCUCAGGGUCUCACGUGCAGCAUAGCUAUCCGGUGUUGGUGACCCGCCGCCAGGGCCACGGACGUCGGUUGCCGCCCACACCGUGCAAGCCGUCGACGCUACAGCUGAAGCAAACGAACAUCAACUUCCCCAAGCUGAACGCUAGCCCGACCCAUACUGGCCAUUCCUCUCACAACACACCGCACAGCGUGCAUUCGCUGCCCCAGUCGCGCGAGUUUCUCCGCGAGCCGAGGGAGCGCGACCAUGACCGGGAUCUGUACUAUCGCGAACGGGACCGCGAGCGGGACCGGGAACGCUUCCGGAACAGCCGCGAACGCAGCCACGAAGACUACAGCGUCCGGUACGAGUUCCGGGAUCGCGAGCGGGAGCUGUACGAGCGCGAGCGUGAGAUCGAGCGAGAGUUUGAGCGCGAGUUCGAAAGGAUGGAACACUCCGUCCCGCUGUCGUACGAGCAGGCACUGGCGAUGGGCCGCACCGGUGGCCGCGUACUGCCGUCGCCCAUUUUGAACGGCUACAAACCGAAGGGCGCCCUUCACUCGAGACAUUCCGAUUCAGACGACGAGGACUGGUGCUAGCAUAGGGUGCGAAGGCGGCAGGGCGAACGCAAGCGGCGCGAACAGAUUUGGGUCUAGGCCAAGGCAAGGCCAUCCCUGCCAUCCCGGCCAACCGGAACUCACGCCGCGCUGACACGUGAUGUUGCAGCUUUCAGCAAACAGCAUUCAACUUGCCACUUGCGCUCGCGGUGAGCGUCGAUGUUUGAUCGAUGGCUUUAAGUGAUCGGCAGGACCCUCAACCGUGGGGGGGGGGGGGUCUUGAGUGCGUGCACGAUCACAGCUACGAAACUAGGGCCGUAUAGAAUUAUAAACGUGUGUAGCUAAUACAUGGUAGCAAAAUACUCUUACUCCAUUUAGCCGGAGACGCGGUAAAAACUGACCAGUACUAGGUUUCCUCCCCUCAAUCCUUGACAAACCCUUUUCCCUAGCGUUUUUCUAUCGUUUUUUAUGGAGAGAAACGUUCCCAACUUGUCGGCACAAGGUGACCAUCCUAUUGUGGGCUUUUCAUAUGAUCGAUCGAUUUUCUUUCGUUGUCUAGAAGAAAAUUCAUUCGGCAAACAGUAAACAAGUGUUCAUCCUAUGUACUAUUUGCGCCUAAAGGUAGGCAAAUUUAACGUAAAGCUAUUCCCAAAAAUAGAAAUCAAAGCUCCUUAUAAAGUUACUUAACAUUGCAAUUUGAUUGUACAAGCAAAAUGACAUAAGUUUAUUUAAAAAAAAUCACAAUUAAAUUUAAAUAUUGAUUUGAUUUGAUACCAUCAAUAGUACACUCCAAACUCUCUUUUUGCUGCCAACUUUGCCUACCUUUAGGCGCAAACGAUGAUAGAUAUCAAACAGAUUAGCUCGUCCGGCACGAGACUGCGGCCGAUGGUGGAUUAGUAGUUGCACUCAAACAAACUGAUACGGAGCAAAACAUAAGAAACAAAACAAAAAAAAAGUAAAAGACUGAGACAGUGACAGUGAAAACCAAACGCGCUAAACGAGCGCCACACACACAAACCUGUGCACUUUUACAGUAAACUGAAAAAAAAACUUUUACAGUAAACUGAACACAAACAUUAAGACGGAUUACGACGGAUCACAGCGGAACAAUAGCGUUCGGUCUGGUAGUGCGGUAGUGCGUUGUAUACGGCUAGAAACCACUAGUUAGGAUGAAAUUAGUACACCAGUUUGGUAAGAGGUUUUUUGAUGGCCCUUCGCGUUCGGCUAUCGUGAGGUGAUACCACACACAGUCACACGCAACCAGUCACAAGCGAGCGGAUAGUAAAAAAACAUAUAAUGCAGGGAAUUUUUACGUAGCAAGAGCGGGCGAACGUGACGUAGAUCAGUGAAGCGAAAGCAUGUAUUUAGCAAAAGGCACUAAUAACCCACCUAGUAUCCGGUUUUGUUUUUUGUUUCAUCAGUUUAAUCUCGACCAGAACGCGGAAAUCAUAUCCAGUUGGUACGGUGAGGGGGCAGAUAGAGCAGCGUACCAGCAGAGUAGAAUGUGUAGUGAUCGUGCGUAGAAGGACGCGGCUUUCGACCCAACCGUCGCGUAGUUUUAGCAGCAUUAGCAUUGCUGCAACCAUCAUCGAAACCAAGACUCGUGAUUGUGCGAAGAGAGCGUUUUUUAUGCAAAAGGUUUAGAUAGUCACCAACCAAGACUAGCGAACUAGCUUGCUGCCAAGAAGGUAAGGACAUUUUCGACCAGAGUACUAACGUUUUCAAAAAAGAGAAAAGAGAGAUGACAAGAGAGAGAUAUAUAUAGAGAGAUAAAUCACCAAAGUAGGUAGUGCUGUAUCUAGUGAUAUACAGGGAUUGCACAAUGCGGAUGCAGGUUCUACUAGUUCAUCUUCUUUUGAUUGUGAUCGCCCCGAACAAUGUGUCACCUUGUGUCACCGAAUUUUCAACCGUAACAAAAUGUCCCCUAACCAUCCCAUCUCCCAUCCCGUUUUGCUUAGAUGUAAGUAGACACUGGUGCAAAACCAAAAUCGAGUCAUGCUCGCCCAAAACUGAGCAUGGAUAUAGAGGCAGUGCGUCUGCAAAUUUUGAACAUCCCGACGGUUCGGCCUUUAGCGUGAUUGAAGUGACAGUAAAUGGGGAAAAAAAACAAACAACAAGAAUUAUCAUAAAAAAUGGGCCCACAAUAGUGUGCAAAGGUUGCGGACGUCCAAGCGAACGGGGAAGCACUCGAACAUGUACCGUACAUUGAUUACACUUAGCUUUAACACUACACACUACUUCAAACCUUUCGGUACGGUAGGCGGUAAACAGUAAAACGAGUGUUUGCUUAUUUUUUUUCAACCGUUUCCACGCCAUUCAACCAGUCCAGAUACCAGAUGUUGCCAAACGUUGAUCUUUAGCCACCCGCGAAACUGGCCGUACUGGCUUGUACAUAGUAAACAUUAGCGAACAAGAGCUGCCGCUCUGGCAGUAAGUAAGAAACCCCGCAAUGUUAUGUAAAAACAAAACGAAACCAAAAACACUGCUGCAAUGCUUUGUGUGGCGUGCAGCGGCGCAAGUACGUGCAUGUUAAACUGCCAUUUUCUUCAUCUUCGUACGGCCCAUUUCUAAUGGCCGGUGUUUGCGAGUGCGUAACAUAGCAAAACCAACGCAAAUCAGGCAAACCAUAAUACGAUUGCCAAUAUCUACGACCACUUAAUUAAAGCGAACGAAGCGUUACCUUUAUCGCAGGAUGGAUAGGGGGUUUGUUUUUUUAUCUCGAAGCGCUAGCAAGCGAUCAAGCAUAUACAUAUAUACAUAUAGGAAUAUGCGUACUUUCUCGUUCUCGUUUUCUCCUACCAAAGCUUUUAUUCUCCGUUUUUUGCUCUCUCGCCAUAGCGUUGUUGUAGCAGUUUCGUUGAACGACAAAUGCCUGUUGAGAUAUUAGUGUAUUGAAUGAAUCUAACAAAGUUUAAUGUUUGCUGCUGCCCCGCUCCCGAUAGUUGGUUCCGGUUUCUUGGUACGAUGCUACUGUAAAAAAGAGAUGAAUUUAAAAAAAAACAGGGAGAAACAAAAUUACAAAGAAAAGGAAAUAGAAGGAAUAUCGAGCGACACAUACCAGUUUUCUUGAUCGUUGUAUGUAACAAAAAAAGUUGUAUUCUUCAUGUACCAACCAAGCCAAGCAUCAUCCGCUGCAUUUACCAACUCGACAGCAUAGCUCAGCGAAUAGAAACAAACGCGGAAUAAGUAAGAGAGCGAGAGAGAGUGACUAGUGAAAGGAAGCAAAUAUUUAAGGGACACAUUCAUUUCCAACAAACCGGACUCAACGCAAUAGCAACUCGUGUAUGUAUGUGUGUGUGUUUAUUCAUCUUCCCUUUCGGAUACCACUUACAAUAGCUGUCGUUAGUCGAAUGGAAUCGUAAUUCAAACAAAUUCUCCUGUUCCCCUUCCCUUCCCGUUUUCCCUAAUGCAAGUUUAUGAACGCAUCGAUGCAAAUAAUGUUCCGCAAGCGCCAGUGAAGGGAAGCAACUUUGAAUCCAAUGUUGUACAUACAUUUUUUCUGUGAUACGCCAACGUUUAAAGCCGUGUAGUAAUGGAAAUCCAUGAAAAAAAAGGAUAAGGCGAGAAGAGACAAGCUAACCAAAAAAAAAAGAGGCAGAGAAGGAGAAGAG